AGAACAAAGGAGCGUGUUUUAGUCUCGUCCUCGGCGUCACCAUGGAGGGAUAAACGCCAAGUUUCUCCGGAGGGUUCUUCGGCGGUUACCUCGGUCGGCCUUCAACACCCGCCUCCAGUGAGUUUCAGCGCCCUUUGCGUUUGUGUUGACUCCGGGGGGAAAGCCGGGAAGUGAGCGCCGGCACCCUAACGAGGCUCCGUGAAUUCCCCUAAAAACAACAACAAAUGCCGGCUGUGGCGUCCUGCACGUGGCGGCGGUAGCCCGGAGGCCAAAUUAAAGCCCCCUCCUUCCUUCCUCCUUCCUCCUCCUCCUGAUGUCAACCCACUUUGCAUACUGACUUCCGCCCCGCUCGGCUCGUCUCUCCCUCCCUGCUGGUCCGCAUCAGCCGGCGAGCAGCUGAUAUGACAGGAGGAUACUGUAUCACCCCGAGCCAUGAGAAGCUCACUUAAAAACUUCACGUAAGGACCCAGGCAGAUGUCGUGUGAAACCGGACGGAGAAGAAGAAGAAACGCUUUUUUUUGAUGCAAUGGGAUUUGCUACUUUCGUAUGAAGAGGCGGACCUAUGAGACACUGAGAGUCCAAUAUGCUGAAGCUGUCCCCGGUGUUUGUACACUGGAAGUACAGAGACUGUUUUCUUCCAACUCACAGCUCCACGUAAGGAUUUAAUACAGCAUUUGAUAUCCUCUGUGGCUCCCGGAUACCCACGGCUGAGGAGCUGCUACCAUUUUUAAAAUUUUUUUUGGUGUGUUUUUGUUUUGGAGAGGGAAUUCCUUCAGAUAGGCUGCAUGUGCUUCCCUUCCAGCUGCCACCACUCGGUCGUUUUUUGCUAGCUGAUACACAUUUUUUUGUAUUUAUAAAAUUAGAUAUGGGGUGCUUGCUUGCUGUAGCUCGCAGCAGUCAUCCCUCUCAGACAGCCGGUAAAGCCAUUAGAGACUAAUAGUCUAUAUAUUUUUUUUAAAACGGGGUCUUCUUUCAGAGUACUUUGACCCACCAUGAACUGUUAUUUUUUUUUUAGCUGUUUUUCACGCUCUUGUAAGGUUUUGUGCCAGAUAUUUUUUGUAGCUGUUAGCUGGUAGGUUUGCAAACAAGUGUACUGCGGGAUUUUUUUUUUUUUUUUAAUUUUUUUGAAGUUGGUGCAUUUUCUCGUGACACCACUCAAAAAGACAGAUUUUUAUGAUUGAUGUUUUAUUUUUGGCUGGAUAUUGCUGUGGCGUAAAGACUGAACCUGACAUUUUUUUUUUUUUUUGUAUUUUUCGGGAUCUCCCCCGCGCUUUAACCCACCACUGGAUACGAUUUCCUAAGAUUUCCACGUCCUUUCCACCAUGAGUUACAUCCACAAGGUACUGAAUGUAUUGCUACGUGGACUCGUCAUCUAUGCGGUACUGGGCUUGGAGUGCACUUACUCGAAUGAUCUACCCAGCCAGUCGUCUGAUGCUGACAAUGUAGCCACCACAGAUCCCUGUCUUAUAGUGAUGCCGCCAUGCAUGGGCGAGGCCGACCGCUUCAGUCUGGAGGCGCUGCGGCACAUCCACAAACAACUGGAUGACGACAAUGAUGGGGGAAUAGAGGUCAACGAGAGUGUGGAGUUUAUAAUAGAAGACAUGAAGCAGCAGCAAACCAACAAACACAGCAACCUGCACCGUGAAGACCAGCACAUCACUGUGGAGGAGCUGUGGAAGGGCUGGAAAACCUGUGAAGGUAAAACAAACAAGCUAACUGUGUCUACAACAAGGACACAAACACACACACUCUCACUCUUGUAGAAAGUUGGUGGUACU